GUUUAAAAGUCUCUUUAAAUGCAGGGACAAGAGAUUUUGGCAGAACAAAGAAAUCAUAAGCUUACCCCCGAGAGUUUAGAUCAAGAUUCACCUAGUCUCGCAUGAAAUGGAAACUGAAGCUGAUAUUCCAGAGUCUGUAUCUUUACCGGAAAAAGAUGGAGUUAACAGACACUUGACCCCAGGAGAGUUUAACCAACCUCCUGAAACUGCUGAUGACUUGUUAAAAUCAGCAAAAAUAGAAGUAUCAAAUAAUGUUGAAACUACAGUUAGUGGCUUUGAAGGCAAACCUGGAGUGACAGCAAGUGGAAGUUUUUUAGAAUCACCCACAAUUGCCAAAGUUCCAGGCGAAGAAACCAGCAGAAAACAAGAAAUUUGUCAGGCCGUUGAUAGGCCAUACCAAGCUGAGAAGAAGAUGACAGAGAAUGAAAAGCAGACACAGAAAGAUGAAAAAUUUAAGGCCGCAGAAGAGAUGGAAAAUAAGGAGAAUGAUGUCAUAGGUGAAACAAAGGAGAGAGGAGAGAAGGAUGAAACAAGCUGUCAAAUAUCAGCUGCUACAGGAAUCAGUUUAAAGAUGGAUAAGAUUAAGGAACAAUGCCUCAGGGCUGGAGGAGAGGAAAUUUCAGAGAAGAGAAUAUCUGACCAUGUCGAGGAAAACCCAGAGACUAUUGAAAAAGAAACUAUUGGUUUGCAGAAAGAUGAAAAAGAUGGACCAAAGGAAAAUGAGGAUGUUGAACUCAAAACUAGUAAAGAAGCAAGCAUAGUUGAGGCCAGCUCAGGUCAGAAUGAAGAAACUUUGAUUCACAUCCCUGAUCCGACAGUUCAUGAUUUGAAAACUAGUGUUGAACCAACCACAGAUGCCUUCCUUAAAAAUAAAAGCAAUGACAAAGCUUGGAGCACUGAAACUGCAACUACUGAAGAAAACAGUAGAGAAAAAACUCCUGAAGGAGUACAAGAGAAGAAAGAAGAGAGAUGCUCCAGUUCCUUGGAUGAGAAGAAGGGUCCUGAUGUGGAUGAGACAAUUGAAAAGAAAGAGAGUGAGAAAGAAGGCAUCGAACAUGAUGCAAUUGGAGAAUCUUCUCCAACACUAGCAGAAAGUAUAGACAUCAUGGUGAAUGCUGGAGAAACCAGCUCUGCAAUCAUAGAGAAUGUGUAUGACAAACUUGAGAGUCCAUCUGUCACAUUGGCAACAGACAGGUCAAGCAUGCAAGAAGAUGAUGUGCUUAAAGUAGGAGAUAAAGUAGACGAGACCUCUACUAUAGAAACCAAUGAGGAAAGCCAAUGCGCAAUCAACUUGAAUGAGAAUAAGAAAGAUGUGACCCCAAUCACUUAUGAAACCCAAGAGAAGCACAAUUUAGAUAUUCCUUCUGUCACACAGACUGAAGAAAUGUGUUUGCAGAAAGUAGAUGAGACUCCAGUAUCCAAUGUGGUCCAAGAAAAUUGGUCAGAGGACGUGAAAGAAAGCCCACAAGAAGAAGGCCAGAUAGAAAUCCCUGAGAAAACAGCUCAAGCUGAUAGCAGUGAAGGUGAAAACGUUAGGGAUGAGAUGACUCACGAACAAAAGCUUGACAAUUUGCCUGUAAACCACAAGGAAGGUAAACAAAACAUAGAUGAACAGCUGGCUGUAACAGAGGCAUCAGCAGGGGAGAGCAGAGACAACAUUGGGCAUACAGUCAUAGCAGCUGAAGACAAAAUCAAUGAUGCAAUAACUGCUUCAGGACACAGCAAAGAUGAACCAGGAAAUGAAGAGAUAAAAGAAUCUUUGGAAAUGGCUUCUGAGGAGAUAGAAACAACUGCUUCAGGUGACUGCUCUGAAACAAUUGCAUGUGCGAAAGAGGAUACUUCCAUCAAAGAUCAGGAAGAAAGCUUUGACAAAAAGGAGAAAGAAGAGAAAUCAAUGGACAUUGAUGCUAUCAGAGAUGACGGAAUUGUAGAACUGGAGAACCUCCAACCAAAAGAACCGAAUGAGAAGAUUGAAAUUGUAGAAGUUGAGAUCCCAAGCAAGAGCGUAAAUGAGUUAAAUGCAACUCAUUCAUUAGAAAAAAGAACAGAACUAAUGGAAGGUGAAGAGCUGGGGAGAGUUUCUGAAUUUGAACCUCAAGACCAAGUUAAGGAAGAAGAGAAAUCAGACAUUGAUGCUAUCAGAGAUGAUGGAAUUCCAAAAGCAGAGAAUCCCCCAAAAACAGAGCUCAAUGAAAAGAUUGAGCUUGCUGAAGUUGAGAUCCAAAACAAGAGCAUCGAUGAGUUAAAUGCAACUCAUUCACUGAAACAGGAAACCGGACUAAUAGAAGGUGAAGUGCUUGGGGGAAUCUCUGAUGUUGAACCUCAUGACCAAGUUGAAGAAGAAGAGAAAUCAGUAGUCACUGAUGUAAUCAGAGAUGAUGGAAUUCCAAAAGUAGAGAAUCUCCCACCAGCAGAAGCCAGUGAAAAGAUUGAUAUUGCAGAAGUUGACGUCUCAAACAAGAGCAUUGAUGAGUUCAAUUCAACUCAUUCAAUGGAACAAGAAACAUUACUAGCAGAAGGUGAAGAGCAAAGGGAAGUCUCUGGCUCUAAACCGCAAGAGCUAGUUGAAGAAGCUAAUGGAGCAGGUAGAGAUGAGGAAAACCAUGAUGAAAAUAACCCUAAAACUUGUGAAAGCACCAAGAACAUCUAUUUAGAGCUUCCACAUGCAAAACGGACAGAAAUUACAGGACAAAGCUCAGAAACAAGUGAAUUAGGGAUUGAGAAAUUGGAAGAGGCUUGUGAAUACGACUCCAAAGAAAAAUUAGAGGUCAAGGAUGCUCACACAAGCAUAGAAGAAUAUAUACAAAUGAAGGAAGAAGCACGUGAGAUAGAGACACAUAAAUUGGCAACAACAAGUCAUGACACUGAAAAAUGUCAUACUGAAGAAGCAACCUCAGAUAAAAUCUGCAUUGCUCCCUUUCUUCAUGAGACAGUUGAGCAAAACUUUCAAGCAGCAAGUCUUGCAGAAGCAGUAAUAACGUUGAAAGGUGAAGGAGAAGACAAAGAGAACAGAAGUAUAAAAAAUGAAGAGGUCAUAGGCGCUGGUGAGGUCAAUGAUGAACAGAACAUAAAAGACAAUAUUAUGCAGCUUCCAUCAGAAGUAAUUAACAUAGAGACAGUUCAGAGCUCUGAACAGACUGAAAGGGAGGUGCAUAUAUCUACAGGAGAGGACACUGCAGGACAGAUCACAGAAGGCAACAGUAUUAAAGACAUCUCACAGGAGUCUGUUGAAGAAUGCGCAGUUAUGAACUUCCAAAAUGAUGAAAAGAACACUGACAAGUCCAGCAGCACAGAGAGUUUUCAGGAGUCUGAAACAGCCAAAACAGUUGAUUACAUAGCAAAUGAAGCAAAACAGAAUGAUGAAAGACCCAACUCAACUGUUCAAUGUUCAUUGGUUAAGGAGGAAGGCAUGCAAAGUGAAAACCUAGCUUCACAUGAGGUUCCAUCAGAAGAGGAAAUUGUUGGGGAUGAAUCUUCCAUAAAAAAGGAUGAAUACAAAGAGAAGUAUACUGGGUUACCAGAGGUUGAGGAGCGCAAUGAGGAGAUAUUGAAGGGAGAAGAAGAUUUAGAAAAAAUAUUGCAGGAGAAUGAACCCCAAGAAAAUAUUGAACAUUCAUUGAAUGUGAAAUCAGAAGAAACUGACGAAGGUGCUUUAAGUAAAAUGGAUAACAUUGUAGAAGAAAAACUUGAGAGCCCUCGAGACCUUGAAAGGGAGGCAAAAAUGGCAACAGAAGAAGAAACUACAAAUGAGAGCAAUAUUAAAAGCCUCUCACAACAAUCAGUUGCACAAGAUCCAAUUGAGAACUUUCAGAAUGAUGACAUCGGUUUUGAGAAGUCAAACACAGAGAAUUUUGAGGAGUCCAAGGCAGUAGGAACAGGCAAGAGCAUUGCAAAUGAGACAAAUCAGAAUGAUGAAAGCCUCAGUGCAACUGUUCCAACAUUAAUGGCAAAAGAAGUGGAAAGUCUACAGGUUGAGGAUAAGAAUAUUCAAGCCAAAGCUUCACUCGACGAGAAAAAGGAGGAGGAUGAGUGUUCAUUCAAUAUGAAUGAGGAAAAUGACAGCCAUGCUAGGCUAGAAGAGGAUAAGAAGAACAGUGACACAGAAAAAUCCAAAACGGUUGAUUUUCCCCAUGAAAUGAAUCAGCAGGAUGAAAGCCUCAACUCAUCAACAUCACUGGCAAAAGAAGUGGAAAGUCUACGGGAUGAGGGUAAGAACAUUCUAGCAGAAGCCUCAACGGAGGAGAAAAAGGAGGAGAAUGGGUCUUCUGUAAAUAUAGAUGAAGAUGGCGAUAGCAACACUAGGCUAGAAGAGGAUAACAUGGACAGUGACAAGGAAAAAUGCGAACCGGAUUAUCAUUUUUCCCAUGAAAUGAAUCAGAAUGAUGAAAGUCUCAACUUGUCUCUUCAAGCUUCACUAGUAAGGGAUGAAAGUCUGCCAAGUUACUUGACUCCACCAGAAGCUCCACCCAUGGAUGAAAAGGAUGAGAAUCACUCUACUCUCAAAAUGGAUGAGGAGAAUGGGAAUAACACUGGAUUAGAAGAACUUAAAGAGCAAAAUGAGGAGACAUUGAAGAGUGAGGAAGAUUCAGAACAACUAGAGAAAAAGAUAGAAACUGGAGAAAAUCUUGAACCGCUGAUUACUGUGCUAUCUGCAGAAACUGAGGCAGUUACUUUGAAAGAAGUGGCUCAUAACACUGAAGAAGAGAUAGUUGAGAAUCCUCAAGACAAUGCAAAGGAGGCAGAAAUGUCUAAAGAAGAAGAUGACACCAAGGGACAUAUCAUGCAUGAGAGUGAUAUUGAAAGCCUCCCAAAAGAAUCUAUUGAGCAAGGAACGCUUAAGAAUCUCCAUAAUGAUGAAAUUAAUGCUGAAGUGUCUAACCAAGAGAUUUUUAAGGAGUCUCUAACAAGCAAAACAUAUGAGAGAAUUGUAGUUGAGACAAAUGAAAAUAAUGAAAGUCCCAAUGCAAAUCUUCCAACUGCAUCAAUGAAAGAAGAGGAAAGCUUGCAGGGUAAGGUUGAGAACAUAAAUCCAACAGAAGAAUUGCCAGAGGAGACAAACAAUGGAUCUUUGAUCAAAGCUAGCAAAGGUAAUGACAGCAAUACUGAAUUAGCAGAGGCUAUCAAGAAUUGCGAGAAUGAAAGAUCAGAGAGUGAAGAAAAAAGGGAACCGGAGUUGCAGAAGAAUGAAACAGAAGAACUUCCUCACACAUCAUCAAAUAUAAUUACUGCAGAAACUGAGACAGGUACAUUGAGUGAACAGGCCAAUGACAUCAUAAUAGCAAAACAAGUUGAAGCCAUCCAAUAUACUGAAGCAACUGUAGAGAAAGAAAAUAAUGAAGAAGGAAAUGAAGAUAUUGAGAACAAAGCGCAAAAAGUCCCAACCAGAGAGGAUCAAAAACCAGAGGAAGAAACAUGCAACAAAAAUGUAAGUGUGGAGACCGAAGUUGUGGAGACAAAGCCAAUAACAAGUGAAAUAGAUACAGAAGGCAAACAAACAAGCAAUAAUACAGAAGAGGAAAUAAAAAAGGAAGAGAUUGAAGAGGUAUACAGGGAUACUAAGACUGCUUGCCUGAAAGAAGAGAGCAAAAAACACAUCAUAAUGGAAGCACACACCACCAUAGGCAUCUCACCACAAUCAGCUGGAGAAGUAACAGCUCUAAUCAAUAAAGGGGAGAAAGAAGAAGAGAAACCGAAAAUGGAGAGGCAAGAAGAACUGGAGCCAACCAGUAUAGUUAAGGACACUGAAAAACUAGUUCCAGAGGAGGUAAAUGUUAUAAAGGACCAGUCGACAGAACCUGCUAUUGUAAAUGCAGAUGAUAUGAUAGCAGUGGUGCCAAAAAAAGAGAUGCAUGAAAUUAUUCAACCUGCUGAGAAUGAGUAUACUGUGAAACAGAUCACAGAGGAAGGCAAUGCAACUAAGGGCAACUUUGAUGUUCCUGUAAAAGGAAUAGAUGAAGAAGAUACUAUACAGAAGGAAAAAGAAGAGAUAAAAAGCUUCAAUUCAGAAUCCACAAAACAGAUUGCAUCAAGAGUUUAUGAGGAGGCAAAUAAACUCUACAACCUGGAGGAAAAACAAGAACCAAAUAUUGGCCUUUAUCCUGCGAAAGAAUCUGAAGAAGGAAUGCUGCCUAAAGAAAGCAAUGAAAGCCUUGUUGAAGUCUUCUUAUUAGAGUCACAGAGCAAAGAAGACACCUUAGGGAAAGAAGAGCCACUCGUUAAUGAUUCUAUCUCAGCAUCUGUUACGGAAGUGACAAAAGAAACAAGCUUUGAGGGGGUGGAAGUCAAACUAGAAGAUGAAAGGAAGUUUGAAAGUUCGGGUCCCUACACUCAAGAGACGGGACCAAUGUCAGGCGACACAAAAGGAACUGCAUUGGACAGUUUGGAUAGCAAUGCCCCAAGAGAUGAUGCCACCACCUUGGUUGAGAAGAGGGACCAUGAGAUAUCACGAGAAGCAUAUGAAGCUGGAGAAGAUAUAAAGCAUGACAUCCAAAACGAAGCUUUUAUUGCAGGAAUUGACAAUCAAAGGGAGAUGAUUAUUACUGCAACAUCUUCAGGCAAAAUAUCAGAUGAUAAACUGAUGGAAUGCCCUAAAAUUUUAUCAAAAGAUUCUGAGUUCAUAACUAGUGAAGAAAGCAAGCCAGUAAAUGAGGAUAAGAUCACAGCUGCAGACGAGGUCUCAGGAUUAGUUCUUGUGGACACUGGAAUAGAGAUUACAAAUGAAGAAGCCAGGUCUUACCAGAGUGAGGCUCUUCAUCAGAAUCCUGAGCUACUUAAUGAAAAAAUUCUCUCCAAACCAGAGGACACUGAAAUCUUGAAGAUGGAAGAAACAGGAGACCUAGUUGAUCAGGGAGAGAUUUGCAAUUCAAUUAUCCUGGAAGAAGAGGAUUCUGCUAAGAAAUCUGAAGCUCAGAAAGAUGAUGUUGAGGAUUCUCCUAAAAAUUCUAGCUUAAAGAAAGAUGAUGCAGUAGAAAAAGAAGAUGCUAAGCUCGCAACAGAAGCCCAGAAACAAGAGCUUGAGGCCAGUGAGACCAAAAACUUUGGAAUUCCAACAGAAGAGAAUUUUGAAUCAUUGGAGUCUAGUAAGAAGCUUGAUUGUACCUCUGAAAUAGUGACAAGAGAUCAAAGCAAUGAAACAAUCCUUGAUACCAACCUAAGCACAGUUGAGGAAAAGAGAAUUUCUGAAUCUUUUGAACAAAGAUCCCAAGAAUCUCAAGAGAAUCAGGAGGAGACAGAAGAGAUAACUGAGUCAAAGUUGGAGGCUGAAGAUCACAUUAAAGAAACACAAAAUGCAGAUGAGACAAUAAAGGCUACCAUCUUAACUGAAGAGGUGCACAAAGAAGUUGAGAAAGCUGAUUUUGAUGAAACUGUCAAACACCUUAACAAGGAAGAGAAUGAUAUACAGGAAAUUCACACUGUAUCCACUGAAGAUGAAAGAGAAGAUGAGGUGAAAGAAUUCAGCCCUGUAUCCACCGAAUCUCUUAAAGCAACAGACUCCAAUGAACAGACAGAAACAAUAAGCUCAGAGGUUCAAGUACCACAAGCCGUGGAAAAAGAUAUAUUAGCUACAAAGGGAAAGGAAGAAAGAGAAUUGGAAGAUGCAGAUAGUGAAAAGAUUGUAAGCCUCUCACCCAUUAUACCAACAAAAGAAUCGGAAGAAAAAAUUAAGGAGCAGAUCAUAGAGGAUGCAGAUGGUGGUUAUGACAAUAUAAAGGCAACAACUGUGGUGGAGGUAACAACAAAACCAUGCUUGAAGGAAGUUCUGACAGAUGAAAAGCUAGUGCAGCACUCUAGCAUCCCCUCAGAUGAGAGCAAACCACAUGCAGUUGAAGUUGAGGCAUGUCAACAGGACAGCAUGGUGCUUGAAGAAAACUCCUCAAACUUGGCAUCGCGACUUCCACCUGAUCAUGAGAGCACAACACAGGAGAAUGCAACCAUGGAGAAGGGAAAUGCAAAUCUAGAUGACAAGGAGGAUAGUGGAAAAGCUUCUGAUGUAGUUUAUGAAUCCAGAAAUCAGAGAGUGGAAGAGCUGCACAUAGAUGAAAUUAGAGAAGAAAUCAAAGCAGCCUCUGAAACAGUACACAAGUCUCAGAGUGAUGAAACAGUUACAGGAAUUGAAGUUGCUAAUGAUCAGACCCGCCCAGAAGAGAUAACAAAAGAACAUGAGACACCAUCUCUAGCAAUUCCUUGCAAAGAAGAGGAGCGUGAAACUAAAGCCACAAUUGAAAAUAUCAGAGAGAAGAUAGAGAAAAAGGUAAUAGCAAAGGAUGAAAAGCCAGAAAAUUCUUCUGCAUUAGAGACAACAGAAGACAGAUGCCUGCAAGUGGAGAAAGAGGAAACUCUAGACAAAAUUAAAGAAGAAACCGAAGAAGUUUCUGAAACAGCAUUGAAAUCCAAAUGUCACAACCACGAAGUUGCUACAGAAGAUAUAGUUGCUGAUGAUAAAGAGGAGAAAUCAGAAGAACAACAUCAAACAGAAUCUGACGCAUUACUUUCCAGGGAACAUGAACUUGAAUACUCAAUGCAAGUUGAGAAGAUAGAAGAAAGCAUAACGGAAGUGGAAUUGCCAGUAGAUGGACCAAAAACAAGUGAAGAGUGUUUCUUACCAAAUGAAGAGUCCAGGGAUAUCAUUGUCUCCCAAUUAGACCUUGAAAUUAGUAAAGAUAAAAAAGAGAGUCCAAAGGAAGCACAAAAGGAACAAGAAGAGACUUCAUCAGAAACUGAAGAAAAGAAGGGAUCUUCUGUUUUCACAUUAAAUUCUAAUUCAAAAGACGAUGGCAAAGAUAAAGAAGAAGAAAUCAGUUCUGAUCAGACUAAUCUUGUGGAGAAACCAGAAGAACAGAACCAGAAACAGUCCUCUUCACUGCUUUCAAAGGAACAAGAGGAUGGAACUUCAGCCAAAAUCAAGAGCACAGAAGAGAACAAGAAGGAAAUGGAAGUGCUGGACAAUAAGUCAAAAGCAACAGAUGAGGUAUUCCUCCACAAGGAAGAUCCCAGAGAGCUUGAAGUCUCCCUGUUUGAGUUUCAACCUGAUAUAGAUGCACAGGAGGAGAGCCCAAAUGAAAUACAUGAUAGACAAGAUGGGGCUAAAAAUGGUACUACAGAAGGAAUUAAAGAAGUUUCUGAAUUAGCAUCCAAGUCCAGUUCUGAAGACCAUACAGAAGCAGCAGAAGAUGAAAUUAUUUCGGAUCACUCUCUACCAGUAGAGACAUCAGAGGAGCAAAAUCAGACAUCAUUAGCUGGAUUGCUUUCCAAAGAACAGGAGCAUGGCAUUUCAACCAACACUAAGAGCAUAGAAGAAAAGGCAAUGGAAGUGGAAAUACCAGAAAAUGCACCAAAAACAACAGAAGAGGGAUGCAUUAAAAAGGAAGAGACAAGGGAGCUCAAAACCUCCCAAUUAGAUCUUCAAAUUGACAAUAAUAUACAGAAGGAGAGUCUUGAAGAAAUCCAUGUGGCAGAAGAUGGGACUCCAGAUGAACAUAUAAAAUUGCAGGCUGAACCUGGAAAUGAGAUGAGAGAUGCAGAACAUCCACUAGAAAGUGGGAAAAUCUCAGAAUCUGAAAUAACAGGGCUGUCUGAGAAAACCUCCACUCUCAAGACUGAGCUAAGUGAAGAGGGUUCUGAAUCUAUAUUAGAAGUUCAUGGUCGCGAAGUACUCAAUGAAUCAGAAGAAACUGAAAUCAAGGAAAAGCAUUUAGAGGCAACAACUUUGGAUUUAAUGGUCAAAGAAAAUCAAAGUGAAAAAACAACCGAUGCAACUGAGAACAUACAUAAUGAAGUCACACAUGAACAGAUCAUCGAAGAGAAUGAUGCCAAGAAUUGUGAGGAAAUAACUCUUGGUGAAGAAGGAACUAAAGAGAGCCACCAAGAUCAAGGGAUAAAGCAUGAAGAAAGUCUAGGAGAUGAGGUGUUAACAAAGGCAACACAAAAUGAAGCGUUACGUGAGGAAAUUGAGAAGACUGAUGCAAGUGACACAAUUGAAAAACAGAUCAGCAUAGAAAAAGAAACAGUUGAAAGCUUUCAACAAGCCAUUUUUGACAAUAUCUUGGUUGAAGAAGCAACUAAAACAUUCCAACAAGAACAAGAGUUGAAGGGUGAAGAAAUUCUAGGAGAUAAGAUAUUAGCAAAGGCAAUACAAAAUGAAGAGCUAUGCGAGGAAAUUGGAAAGACCGAUUCAAGUGAGAUAAUUGAGAAACAGAACAGCACAGAAAAAGGAAAAGUUGAGAACCUACUCCAAGGUAUUGUCGACAAUAUUUCAGGUGAAGAAGCAACCAAAGAGAUCCACCAAGAACAAGAAAUAAAGGGUGAAGAAAUUCUAGGAGAUAAGGUGUUAGCAGAGGAAAUGCAAACUGAAGUUUUAUGCAAGGAAAUUAUGAAAACUGAUGCAAGUGAGACCAUUCAAAAGCAGAUCAGUACAGAAAAAGAAACUGUUGAGAACCUUCACCAAGCUAUUGUUGACAAUAUCUCAAGUGAAGAAGCAACGGAAGAGAUCCACCAUCAACAUGAGAUCAAGGGAGAAGAAAGUAUAGGAGAAGAGGUGUUGACAAAGACAACACAAAAUGAAACAAUCGGCACAGAAAAAGAAAAAAUUGAAGGCCUUCAACAAGCUGUUGUUGACAAAAUCUUGGUUGAAGAAGCAACUAAAAUGAUCCAACAAGAGCAUGAGAUGAAGGGUGAAGAAAUUCCAGGAGACAAGAUAGUAGCAAAGGAAAUAAAAAAUGAAGAGUCAUGCAAGGAAAUUGGAAACACUGAUUCAAGUGAGACUAUUGAGAAACAGAACACCACAGAAAAAGGAACAAUUAAGAACUUUCUCCAAGGUGCUGUUGACAAUAUCUCAGGUGAAGAAGCAACUAGAGAGAUCCACCAAGAACAAGAGAUAAAGGGUGAAGAAAUUCUAGCAGAUAAGGUGUUAGCAGAGGAAAUGCAAACUGAAGUGUUAUGCAAGGAAAUUGUGAAAACCGAUGCAAGUGAGACCAUUCACAAGCAGAUCAGUCCAGAAAAAGGGACAGUUGAGAACCUUCAUGAAGCUGUUGUUUACAAUAUCUUAAGCAAAGAAGCAACUGAAGAGAUCCACCAAGAACAUGAGAUCAAGGGUAAAGAAAGUAAAGGAGAUGAGGUAUUGACAAAGACAACACAAAAUGAAGCGUUAUGUGAGGAAAUUGAAAAGACUGAAGCAAGUGAGACAACUGAAGAACAGAUCAGCACAGAAAAAGGAGCAGUUGAGAGCUUUCAACAAGUUGUUGACAAUAUCUUGGUUGAAGAUGCAACUAAAAGAACCCAACAAGAACAAGAGAUGAAGGAUGAAGAAAUUUCAAGAGAUAAUAUUUUAACAAAGGAAAUACAAAACAAAGAGUUAUGCGAAGAAAUUGGAAAGACUGAUUCAAGUGAGACAAUUGAGAAACAGAACAGCACAGAAAAAGGAACAGCUAAGAACCUACUCCAAGGUACUGUCGACAAUAUUUCAGGUGAAGAAGCAACUAAAGAGAUCCAACAAGAACAAGAAAUAAAGGGUGAAGAAAUUCUAGGAGAUAAUGUGUUAGCAGAGGAAAUGCAAACUGAAGUGGAAAUUGUGAAAACUGAUUCAAAUGAGACGAUUCAAAAGCACAUCAGUACAGAAAAAGGAACAGUUGAAAACCUUCACCAAGCUAUUGUUGACAAUAUCUCAAGUGAAGAAGCAACUGAAGAGAUCCACCGAGAACAUGAGAUCAAGGGUGAAGAAAGUAUAGGAGAUGAGGUGUCGACAAAGGCAACACAAAAUAAAGCAUUAUGCAAGGAAAUUGAAAAGACAAAUGCAAAUGAGACAACUGAAAAACAGAUUAGCAUAGAAAAAGCAACUGUUGAGAGCCUUCAACGAGCUGUUGUUGACAAUAUCUUGGUUGAAGAAGCAACUAAAAGGAUCCAACAAAAGCAUGAGAUGAAGGGUGAAGAAAUUCCAGGAGACAAGAUAGUAGCAAAGGAAAUACAAAACGAAGAGUCAUGCAAGGAAAUUGUAAACACUGAUUCAAGUGAGACUAUUGAGAAACAGAACAUCAUAGAAAAAGGAACAAUAAAGAACCUUCUCCAAGGUGCUGUUGACAAUAUCUCAAGUGAAGAAGCAACUAGAGAGAUCCACCAAGAACAAGAGAUAAAGGGUGAAGAAAUUCUAGCAGAUAAGGUGUUAGCAGAAGAAAUGCAAACUGAAGCGUUAUGCAAGGAAAUUGUGAAAACUAAUGCAAGUGAGACCAUUCAAAAGCAAAGUACAGAAAAAGGGAAAGUUGAGAACCUUCACGAAGCUGUUGUUUACAAUAUCUCAAGAGAAGAAGCAACUGAAGAGAUCCACCAAGAACACGAGAUCAAGGGUGAAGAAAGUAUAGGAGAUGAGGUGUUGACAAAGGCAACACAAAAUGAAACAUUAUGUGAGGAAAUUGAAAAGACUGAUGCAAGUGAGACAACUGAAGAACAGAUCAGCACAGAAAAAGGAACAGUUGAGAGCUUUCAACAAGCUGUUGUUGACAAUAUCUUGGUUGAAGAAGCAACUAAAAGAAUCCAACAAGAACAAGAGAUGAAGGAUGAAGAAAUUCCAAGAGAUAAGAUAUUAGCAAAGGAAAUACAAAACAAAGAGUUAUGCGGGGAAAUUGGAAAGACUGAUUCAAGUGAGACAAUUGAGAAACAGAACAGCACAGAAAAAGGAACAGUUGAGAACCUACUCCAAGGUGCUGUUGACAAUAUUUCAGGUGAAAAAGCAACUAAAGAGAUCCACCAAGAACAAGAAAUAAAGGGUGAAGAUAUUCUAGGAGAUAAGGUGUUAGCAGAGGAAAUGCAAACUGAAGUAGUAAGCCUUCAAUUAUGCAAGGAAAUUGUGAAAAUUGAUGCAAGUGAGACCAUUCAAAAGCAUAUCAGUACAGAAAAAGGAACUGUUGAGAACCUUCACCAAGCUAUUGCUGACAAUAUCUCAAGUGAAGAAGCAGUGGAAGAGAUCCACCAUGAACAUGAGAUCAAGGGAGAAGAAAGUAUAGGAGAAGAGGUGUUGACAGAGCCAACACAAAAUGAAACGUUAUGCGAGGAAAUUGAAAAGACUGAUGCAAGUGAGACAAUUCAAAAACAGGUCAACACAGAAAAAGGAACAAUUGAGAUCCUUCAACGAGCUGUGGUUGACACUAUCUUGGUUGAAGAAGCAAAUAGAACGAUCCAACAAGAAAAUGAGAUGAAGGGUGAAGAAAUUCCGGGAGACAAGAUACUAGCAAAGGAAGCACAAAACGAAGAGUUAAACAAGGAAUUUGGAAAGGUCGAUUCAAGUGAGACAAUUGAGAAACAGAAUAGCACAGAAAAAGGAACAGUUGAGAACCUUCUCCAAGGUGCUAUUGACAAUAUCUCAGGUGAAGAAGCAACUAAAGAGAUCCACCAAGAACAAGAGGCAAAGGGUGAAGAAAUUCUAGGCGAUAAGGUGUUAUUAGAGGAAACACAAACUGAAGUGUUAUGCAAGGAAAUUGUCAAAACUGAUGCAAGUGAGACAAUUCAAAAGCAGAUCAAUACAGAAAAGGGAAUAGUUGAGAACCUUUACCAACCUGUUGUUGACAAUGUCUCAAGUGAAGAAGCAACUGAAGAGAUUCACCAAGAACAUGAGAUCAAGGGUGAAGAAAGUCUAGGAGAUAAGAUGUUAGCAAAGGAAAUACAGAAUGAAGCUUUAUGCAAGGAAAUUCAAAAGACAGAUGCAAGUGAGACAAUUGAAAAACAUAUCAGCACAGAAAUAGGAGCAGUUGAUAACCUUCACGGAGUUGUUGUUCAGAAUAAGACUGCUGAAGUGCACUUUCCAGAUGAAACAUGGGAAAAAAAUGUUCAGAAGACAGAAGGGAAACCAAUCAUUGAAAAUCAGGGUGAUGAGACAAUAUCUAGAGAUGGUAUAACAGAAGCCACAACUGCAACUGAAAAGAAAUUGGGUGCAGAGACAUCACAAAUAGAAGUUGCCACAGGCCUUGCAAAAGCCUCUGAAACCACUGAGGACAUUCAUCAGGAAGAGAGUACCUCUGAUGGAACAUUGGAAAACCAGAGAUUGAGAGAAGUAGAGCUAGAUACAAUCAUUUCAACCGGAAAGAAAGAUGUUCCACAGAUGCUGCAAGAACUAGUUGCAGAAACCACAAAAGUUACUGAAAUAGGAGGUUCACAGCAUGUAUAUGCUGCAGAUGUCGAUUCAGAAGUAAAAGGAGUUGAACAUGGAUCAGAUAAUAUAGUGGAUGAGAAAGAUGAAAAAGCAAUUGAGGAGACAGUUUCAAAGGAUUCAGCCAAAUUUUCAUUAUUUGACAUGAUGCAGAAAUCCACGAGAGAAAGGCAAGCAGCUGGAGAAUUGACUGAAGCUAAAGAACCAACAGCAACAAAAGAAGAAAUGAAAGUUGAAAAACAAACCGAACAAACAAAAAGGGCAAAAUCUGAUGAAGAAGAAGAAGAGGAAGGAGAGGAGCACAAAAAGAAUGACUCGGGCUCUGAAGCUCCAGUAAUUGUAGAAGCCUCAAGGGGCAUAGACAUUAAGGUUGCACACAAGAAAUCCCAUAACAUAUUAUCCGGUGUUGGAUCAAAGGUGAAGCAUUCCAUUUCCAAGGUGAAGAAAGCCAUUACUGGCAAGUCCUCUCAUCCAAAGCAACAAUCACUAAAAUGAAGUACAAAAUACUAGGUGACAAAAACAAAAUUCAUUCAAAGGGUUGUUCUCAUUUGAUGUUUUGAUUAUAGGAUUAAGGUUUGAAGUGUGGUGUGUGCAUAUAGGUAGCUUGUAAGUACAAAUUCAGAUUCUGCACAUAUAUGUAUAGAGAGUUGAACAUGCCAUGAUUGUAAUGCAUUGUUGUUUGCAAGAAGAAGCUCUACUGUGGAAAAUCUUGAAACCA